GAGUGGCUUUUAAGCAUUUUUAACGCAUCCCUCAGGACCCUAUCCUUCAGAACCCCUAUCCUUCUCAUGGCGCGUUCUACGGUUGCCAUGGUGAUUACGAUCGCCUGGUUUCUUUUGGGUUUUUCAUUUGCUUUGCCAGCCGAUGAAGCUAAACAGUCUCCUGCUGGUGAACUGAACUCUAAUCUUGCGCUGGAGAUAAGAACCACAGAAAACCCUGCAAAUUUUAAUGGUCAGCGAUCCAGUAACCAAGAUUUUGUCGUAUCGUCCAAUGAGGAUCGACGAAGAUCGACGCCUGAUCGUCGAUUAUCGUCCAGCGCACGAAAUGAAGAUCGAGUUAAUCGAUACGUAACACAGAAUGAAUUUUCUACGAGUUCUCGGCCUGAUUAUUCGACGAAUAAAUGGAAAUAUGACACUAAUCCACGCCAAAAUUAUAACAAUAAUUACAAUCUUGAUCCCAAUAACAAUGUUGGCGCUGAUUACUAUACGAAUCCUCGUUCAAAUUUCUCUACUAAUUUCAAAAAUUACAACACGAAUCUACAAGGACAACAAUACCAACGCAUCCGUCCAUACUCUUACGAUUCCUACGUUACACGCACAGGAAGUUCAUACCCAUACGCACCUCCACGUCAAUCCUUCCAGUCCUCUUCGUACGUCCACGAUAAAAUCCCCAAAACGAUCUUUAAGUCCUCAGACUUCAAACCUUCUUCCCAUCCCGUGGACUUGCCGUUCGAGUGGGCGACAGUGACAGAAAAGUCCAAUGUAUUGGUCAAACCGUACUUUGAUAAAUUCGACGAAAAUCAGAAUUUAUCCAAAAUUCAGGAGCGAGUCAAAAUUUUCUACGGAGGAAACAUGAAAUCCGCUCCGCAAUUUCGAAAUAUGCAGAGAGAACAGCAGGCUUUAGAGCAACAGAAGAAACUGUACCGGAGCUUCAAGACGCAGCGAGCCAACCAAGUUCUUAAGACCCAGUCGGAAUAAUCAACGAGCUUGAAGAAGCUUAUACUCAAAACGGGUAUAAAAUAAUCAAAACGAGUAUUAUCUAUACCCGUAUGGUACAUACAUAUAUGUUACAUUUUGGUAUAAUUAUUUACCCGUUUAUAAAAUGGUUUUAUUGAUAACGCACUUACUCAGAUUAUGCCAACAGUAUCUCACUGUUUAUUAAUGAUUCUCACUGCAAAAGAGUAAAAAUAUUCCUUAUUUAAACUUGAUUUGUUAUAAAUUCUAAGUUGUUUAUACUCGUUUAAAUAAGUAUUAUGAACGAAUUAUAGCCUCCGAAAAAACAAGCGAUAACACACUGCAAGUAACUCAUCAAUGUAACGGACAUUAUUUUAUUUUAUUAUAAUGGUUUUGUUAGGAAAAUAAUUGGAAAUAAAUUAAUCCCUGUCUUUUCCUGUUACACUUUUUCUUCAGGAGUAGAAUUUCCUUUAAAAGAAUUGGAGAAAUAUAUUUCCUUCUAAAAUUCAAGCACAUCAAGGUUUUUAAAACUGUACGGGAACUGUAUACGUUUGAUCUUGAUAUUUCAUUCGGUAUAUCUUUCGUACUUAUAAGAGGAACAUAAGUUUGAUAUUUAUCUCAUUAAGCUUCAGUUCUUUUGCUUAAAAACAAUAUCCAUAUUAGUAUUCACUACACUAUACUAAUACUAAUAUUAGUAUAGUAGUAUUAAUUCCAUAUUGCUCUGAAGAUGGCAUUCAUGAUCAGAGUUUUGGACUCGGGUUUAGUUUCUAAUUUAAUUGACUUGAAUAAGUGAAUAAAAUUGAAGUGAAUAAAUUUCGCUGGAACUCAGUGUUUAAUUUUUUCUUAACUUAAUACCGGAAGUAAGACAAAUAUUUUCGUUGUACUAAAGAUGAGUUUGUGUAUGUAUUUAAUUUCAUUAUCAGUUGAUUUAUUUUCAACACUGAAUAGCAAGUUAAGAGGAAUCAAGUAAUGUAAAAUAUCCUGUAUUUCAAUAAAAUCCCGUUUAUUAAUUCCAAAGCUUCAAUAAUAAUAUUUAAAGUAAGGUUUCAGUUUGAGUUUGUACUUCGGUCCUUAACUUCAACAUUUAUUUCAACAUGCAUGAUUUCCUAUAUAAUGAAUGUCGGGUUAUUUUCAAUAAAGACUUCAGAAACUGUU